GGGGGUAGUUGCACAGUAGCCUUUAGGGCGAGGAUCAGAGAAGUGAGCUCUUCCGCUUGGUGUCUUUGUUACGGAGAUGUACAUUACAAUCGCCAGGUAAAGACGAAUCAAUCUGACCGCCGCUGUGUCUUAUUUCAGUGCCAAUGAAACCGAAGAGGCGUUAACUGAUUAUUCACCCUCUCAUUAACGGAUCUGUUUUCUCUGAGACGCUGUGCUCGCCGCCGCUGCUGCUAUUGUUGCUGCUCUUCAUUUUUGCUGUGAGUGCAAGUAGACGAGACUGUGGUGCCGCUUUGCGAAAGCCGAGCUCUGACACUAUACUGGGACUACCAUGAAAUGAGCUCUCGACGGCGCUACAGGAGUCAAUCUGAGGUUCUGUUUGGGGAAGACUUUACAUAUAUCAAAAGGUUGUGCUAUUCUGGUCCUCCGGGUUAUAAGGGUCGUCCAUUAGUUCUCCUUUCGGCUGUUGGCAAAUAAAGAAGAAUUUCAUUUUGUCUUAAAACCUUGAGAGAUUACAGUGGGACUACGGGAUGCUGAGGAUAGCGAGCUCUUCUGCUGACAUUAUUGCUUAACUUCUGGAGAUACAAAUGAACUGACAGAAUAUAAAAGAUUCCUGGAAGAGGCCUAUGUUGAUGUAGCUGUUGCCAAGAUGUGGGUUAGCCGCAGAUAUGAGACUCUUGCCCUCUUCCUAGUUGGCUUUGUGUGUCUUGCGAUUCUCCUGUUUACCGAUACCUUUGACAAUCUGUCGGGUUUUCUUGACGAAAAGUCACCUCCGCUGCAGAAUGAAAAGCUGCUGGCCAGCGAUACCCUUGAUAUGCCUCCCGUAUUCUUCCAAGAGAUUCCUAAAUGCACAGAGAACACAUCUUCGGCAAACAUCUCUGGAUUCUCCAAGCUUCCCGAUCAUAUCAAGGAUUUUUUACGCUACCGUCACUGUCGCCGUUUCCCCAUUUUAAUUGACGCCCCUGCGAAGUGCGGCGAGACACCCAAGGACUCUUCCAACGUUUUCCUCCUGCUCAUGAUUAAGUCCUCGCCGUUGAACUACGAUAGGCGGGAGGUGAUCCGAAAGACGUGGGGCAGAGAACGAUUAGAAGAUGGCGUCUGGAUUCGCAGGAUCUUUGUCUCCGGUGUCUCGGGAAACGCAGUGGAUGCCCGCAGGUAUGGCUCGCUUUUAGAAAUUGAGAGUCUGGAACACAAGGACAUUUUGCAGUUUGACUUCAUCGACUCCUUCUACAACCUCACGCUGAAGCAGAUUCUCUUCCUACAGUGGAUGGAAUUGCGGUGCCCUCACGUCCACUUCCUCCUCAAUGGGGACGACGAUAUUUUUGCCAACACUGACAAUAUGGUAGAGUUUCUGAAGGGCCUGAAGGAGAACGACGGGGACAAACAUCUCUUCACCGGCCACUUGAUCAGUCACGUCGGCCCCAUUCGAGAAGUCCACAGUAAAUAUUACAUUCCCGUGCAAGUCCAAGAAUCCAAUUCCUAUCCUCCAUACUGUGGUGGUGGUGGUUUCCUCCUGUCCAGGUUUACAGCCAAGACGAUCCACAACAUGUCGCAUGGGAUCGAGUUAUUGCCUAUCGAUGACGUGUACAUGGGCAUGUGCUUAGAAAAGGCGGCUUUAAAACCCACGUCCCAUAACGGGGUCAAGACGGCGGGCUUGCACGUUCCUUCUCAGACCCUCGACGCCUUUGAUCCCUGCUAUUACCGCGAACUGCUUUUAGUACACCGAUUCCUACCCCAUCAGACUGCUGUCAUGUGGGCUAAAAUCCACAGCCGUCACGUCAAGUGUGGCAUCUCGGUGACCCACAAGCUUCCCAAAUGACCUUCCACCGUAUCUCAACUCAAAAGUGUUGAUUAGUGAAGUUUGCGGACUGUUUUUUUUAAUUUCUACUGUAAUAAAUUUUCCAAAAGGCUUCUGCUCUCAGGAGUAAAUGCCCGUGGUGUGUAUCUCAGGCCCUCCGCUAUCAAAACUUGCAAUCAGUUUUUGAGUUCAUAGAAGUUAACUCUUGAAACCAAUCUGAGCUUUGGUCCCUGGUCCAAUCUGUGCUAUUUUCACAACGUGCAAUAUAAUUUAUUUAUUUUUUUUUUUCUUCCGGGUGACAGAAUUGUGGAAGAAGAGCUUCUGGUUUGUCCCCCGAUGGAAAAUUCUGAAUAUAAACAUCCUUUGCCCGGAGUAUGGGGGGUUGGGUAUGGUUGGGGGAGAUCUUAAUGGGGGGCAUGGAAGGGUUAAUGAUGACUAUCUAGGGCCCACUAGCAUUGGAUUAGUUGGAGCCUGGACUUGUUUUACAGAGAGAAAUGGGUCCCACAGAGACUGCUGAUCUAUAUAGGGCCCAGUGCUCUGGCCUUAUAUGGAGUUUUGACAAAAUAAAACAAAAGACUUUUUUUUUUUUUUAAUUAUUUUAUUCUGUAUUCCAUCACAUAUGUUUGUGGCUAGCACUUUAAGUCUAACGAGUAUGUGAAGUUUACAUUUUGCCUUAAAAUUGACGCUGUGCCUUUGUGGGGUGACGUUAGUGUUGUACUGACAUGGGAGUCGGCUUUUGGAAAUUCUUGUCUCGGAGUAAACGUGGGAGAGUCUGUGGUGAUGGGAAACAGAAUGGCGGGUGCCUACUCGAUGCCACAGAACUAGGCAACGGUGCCCUCUCCUGGCUAGUGUAUGCAGCUCAAUGUAGCUGCAAUGUUAAGAAUUUUGUUUUAUCCUGACUAACAAAGCUUAAAUGCCACAUGUCUGCUUGUUUCAUGCCUGGAACUUCGUAAAUGUUCAAAGAGACUGUGAUGAGGAAUAGUUGCUGGGAAAACUUUGAUCAAAUAUAGUUAUAAGAUUACAACUAAGAGGCCUUGUUUGUUCUAUAUUUACCUGUCAAAAAAGGAGCGUGCGGAUAUUAAGGUUACCUGACACUGGCUUAAGAAAGUUAACAGACUUACUUUAGUAACUUUACCAUCUUUGUCUGGUUUUGAUGCUUUUUGUUAAGUCAUGCCUGUCAGCGAUUACUUCUUCUAUUGCAGAAAUCGGUUAUUAGAAGUGGAGAUAGCGAAGCAGAACAUGUGCCAUCCGUUACCUGCACGCCAGCAGGAAGUAGAUUAACCCGUCAAUCCGGCACUUCCUGAAUUUUGUGUACAAUGAUAAUUGGAGCUUUGCUGGCUCAAAUAGGUGUGUGUGUGUGUGUUGGGGUUUACGGGGGAAGGGUAUUGCUGCAGCCUGGAGAAGAUAUGGGCGGACCUAGUUGGGGUGGGGAUAUGUCAAUCAUAUUUGAUUUCAGCGAAUCACAUUGUUGCUCACACACAUCGAUCAAAAUUUUGUUUUUUUAACCACUACUCAUAAAUGACAGUUGUAAAAAUUGUGGUUCAAUCACAAUUAAUACAUUCGAUAGUUACUGUUCCAUAAGAAUCUGGCACUUGUACACCUUUGACUGCAGCAUAUCUUACGAUAUAGCACUCCAUCUUGUGUAUUGUCUAGCUCAGUGAAAGGAUAGGCAUCUGUCUGUGUGUCUGUCUGAUUGUGUAUGUCUCUGUCAAUCCAACAGGUGGCACAUUUUAUUACAUUUUUAGUAACGAAAUGCAUUGCAUUGAUCAUUCAAACAGAUGGCACAUCACAAACAUUUAUAGUAAUAAAACAGAUUGCAUUUGAUCAUUCCAACAGGUGAUGCCUCACAAACUCAAUAAAAUGCCUUGCAUUCGAUUAUUCCAACAAGUGGUGGGUGCAUCACAAACAUUUUUAGUUAUAAAAUACAUUACAUUUUCACUCUACCAGAU